CAAAGCAUUGGUAUGCUACUGACCAACCUCGUCAAGCAGUUGUAUUACAACAAGCUCUCCUACCAACAGUAAAUCACAAAGAGUGUGAUAAGAAAAAUAGCCACGUGUUUACAGUCGAAAAGAAAGCAAUGCUCUGUGCUGGUGAUGGUGGAAAGACCAACAAGAGUUUUUGCUAUGGAGAUAGCGGUGGUCCGUUCAACUGCAAAGAGGGUGGAGUGUUUGUAUUGAGAGGUAUUGUUAGCUGGGUCGGUGAUCGCAGCUGCAAGACGGGAUCCGCGUACAACGUACUUGCUCGUACUAGUUCCUAUGUCGAUUGGAUAAACAAGGAACUUUCUUCACCUCCUCCGGCGUUCCCAAAAUGUAAAGACAAUCUUUUUUUUUUCAGGCAUUGGAAUAGCAAGAACCUAUGUCAUCAUUUUUAUUAUAAAAAGGCAUUGGAGCAGUUUUGCCCAAUCACGUGUCAGAAACAAGGUUGUCCUGCUUUAGAUACAUCGUUAUAGAUACAGCUACCUAUCUUAAAAUAAAGUUCUU